AUGCCCGGACUCAGUAAGUCGGAUGAUUUUUUUUUUUUUUUUUUUUUUUUUUUUUUUUUUUUUUUUUUUUUACUCUUCAUCUUCAAAGAGUUUGUUCAUUUAAUUAGUGCCAAUACAUAUUAUAAUUUUAUAUGUGCACCAAGACAAACUUUUUUAUUUUUUUUUUUUUUUUAUUUUUAUUUUUAUAUAUAUAU